AAUAAACGCUGUAAACACAGCCGCCCGAACCGGCUACUACGAUCCCCUUUUCACACAGUUUAUACAAUGCCCAAAAACGUGAAUGCAGAAAGCAACAACCCCUGUUUGAAGGAACAAGAAAUGUCGUACAAAUGUCUCAGUAAGAAUAAUUUUGAUCAUAGCAAGUGUGCGCUGUACUACGCUAACUACAACAAUUGCAAAGAGUUUUGGAACAAAGUACGCGCGGAUCGAAGGGCGCACGGAAUCUUUCCUCACCUGCCAGAUGUUGCCGAUCGGGAAAACAUUAAAGCGGAGUAUAUGAAAACGAAACCGACGGAGUAAUGGUAGCGCACUCGUUUAGUGACUGAUUUUUUGUAUAAAAAAGUAGAAAAUAAAUAAACUCUU